AUUCUUCCUACAGAAUUUCUCAGUUUUCUUUCAAAAUCUUCAUUUUACAUAAUUAGUCAUAUUCAAUUGGUGCUUUAUUGCUAGAGUAGAAAAAUAGUUCAAAUCCAGUGUCUCUUAUCUGUGCAGUAGAAGCGAAUGUGUGUUUGUAAUAAAUAUUGAUAAGUAAUUGGAACUGCCGGCUUUGAAGAAAUGGAUUUGAUUCACAUCCCUUACUUCACCUCGUUAAGUAAAGAGUUUGUCAACGCAAUUGACAGAGUAUGGGUCUCAGAUAAAAGAGUUUUAAUCAUAAUCAUAAACGAUGAAGUAUAUGGAAUGGGUGAAGGAUUGAUGGCUCACUCAUCUCAAAAAUGUGAUGAUGUUCAUGAACCGAAAGCUAUAUCAUCUCUAGAUGGAAAAAAAGUAAAAGAUUUCAUCUUUGGGGAAGAGUUUGUCAUUGCUCUAAAUGAAGAUGGGCGAUUAUUCAGCUGGGGAGCUCACAAUUUAGCGCAGUCAAGUCUUUCAACUUAUACACCGGCCUUAAUUUCUUCAUUAUCAAGUAAAACAAUCAUCAAAGUUGUUUGCAAAGAUAAUUCUGUUUAUGUCUUGAGUGAUAAAGGAGAGAUAUUCCACUGGGGUAAAAUUGGAGAACCAUCUCCAGUUAAAGGUUCUUAUCUGAACAAUAGAGUAACAGACAUAGCUAUUGUCACGUUAGGCAUUCUGUUGUUUGAUAAGUUCGCCUACUUUUGUGUUGAAGAUAGUAAGCUCAAAUCCAUUUCUCAGGGAACCGUUUUUUUCGAUAACGUUAAAAACAUUGUGUGUGGCUCAAGUCAUUUGUUGGCCCUCAAGCACGAUGGCACUCUGUAUAGUUCAGGGUCAAAUAAAAAAGGUCAGCUGGGAAUUGACAAAAUAAAUGAAGAAUAUACAACCGAAUUUGUACGAGUUCUAAAUAUUUAUGAAAAGAUUAUUGAAAUUGCCUCCGUAUUGGAUACAUGUGCUGCGAAAACUGAAAGUAAUCGAAUCUAUGUUUGGGGUGCAUGUAGAGGACAUAAUGUGGCAUUACCUCUCAUCACAUCAUAUUCUUCCUUCAAUGAAGUAUUCUUGAAUUGUACAUACCCAGGAAUGACGUAUGGUGCCCUGAAAUUAAGUAGCAUAAUGAAAUCAACGAAGAAUUCUCAAAACGAUCAUUUGGAGAUCAUUAAACUAAUAGUCAAUUUCGAUGAGCGAUCGAAAAGUAGCGACUUCACUAUUGUAGUGGAAGAAAAAGAAAUGUUUGUUCAUAAGGAGGUUUUAAGGCAGCGUUCGGAGUAUUUUAAAACGAUGUUUAACGAAUCAUGGAGUGAAAAUAAUAAAAAUGUGCUUCGUGUGAAUGAUUUUACUUACGAAGCGUUCAAAAUAUAUUUGCAAUAUUUGUAUGGAAUGGAUAUAAACGUGACUCCGGAGAAUGUGAUGGAUCUUUUGAUGAUAGCGCAUCGAUACAUGGAUGUUAAACUGAAAAACUUGAUUAUGGAGAAAGUUGAAGGUGAUGAGUUCGUGGAAAUGCCUGUUGAUUUAGUAAAUAAAAUGUUAGAGCUUCCACCUCAGUCAUUUAAAAUUAUGAGCAGUGUAUUUAAGUACAUGACAUAUCCGUCACAGUGAUCACUUUUUACGAAAUAACUGAAAUUAGCGUUCACCAAUUCUGAAUCGUCUUCUGCGCUAACCUGUUGGGAUUCUCUCUUGCAGAUAAACAAUAUGUCGAUUCCGAAUUCUUUUUUAAUUUAGUAUUUUAUUUUUUUGGUACCUACUUUGUGAUACUUAUAUAAUAAAAGUUUUUAUGUGAUA